GCGACCUCCGCCCGUCCCCUUCGCUCGCCCUGCCACCGCCUUGGCGGGAUGUCCGCGCACAGGAGAGAGCCCGGCACGGCGGCGGCGGGCGGACAAGCGGCUGUAAACAAGCGGAAAGAAGGAAGAACGGUGCCAUCUCGUUACCUGCAGUACAAGAAGAACAUCCAGAAGGAUGCUUCAGCAAGUUCCCCUUCGUUGUGUGCUGCCCCACCGCCUUCUGGAGCUAAACGAAAAUCAGUUCUUUCUCAGAAACAUGAAACUUCUCUUGGUGCUGGCCAUAGCUUAAGUCAGAGUAUCUUAGAGAAAGGGGAUUUGCAGUCCACCUUAUUAGAUGAAGAAAAAACCAGAAGACCGGACCUCGAUCUCUCAGCUAUCAAUGAUAAAGCUGUCCCCAAGAAGAGUGAUUGUUCAGAAUCUGCUGAAGAAGGAGAUGCAGUGACACAGAAAGCCCCAGCAGCAAAGGAAACUCAGAAGGAAAAUGAUUUAAUGGAAGAGCUGGAAUCUGAGACACUACUUUUAACUUACUUAAGAAUAAAGGCAGGAGAAAAUCUUGCCAAGCUGGAGGAGAAAGCAGAAAAAAACUUGAUGAUGUUGUGUGAAGAAAAGCAGAGACAACAGGAGAAGCUCUUGGAGUUGAAACGUGAAAUUCUGCUCACAGAGAGAGAGCAGAAGCUCAGUGAAGCAUUAGACAAACAGAUUGAAGUGCUGUCUCCCCUCGUUCCUGUCUGUGAACAGUUUCAAGAGCAAUAUAAAAACUUUGCAGCUUCCCUGGACGCCACUAGACAUGAAUUACCCAUAAAGAACAUCCACAUAGGAGGAGAUAAGCGAGAGUACCUUGAUGAACUGGGAAAGCAAUUAAAGAUCACACAGGAGCUUCUGACAGAAAUUACACCGAGCUACUCAGCAGACUGUGCAAAAACACUUUCUGCACUGAAAGAGCUUAAAGAAAUGGCUCAGAAACUGGAUAAGGAGCUUCAAAGGAGCUUCAGAGAAGUGCAGAACCUGUCGUUUAAAGUCAGUAAAGAAGUUUCUCUGCAUAACCAAAGUGUGUGUGAAGAGCAGCAUGGGCUGGAUGUUGUGAAACACUGGUAUUUCAACUAAGCUUCUGGAUAGUUUUACUGCUGGGUAGGUACUCACUCAAUGCCAGUGGGCUUGCUGUCCUUUUGCUUCUUGGAUGAACAUACAGCUUGCCCAGUUUUUCAGUUAUAUGGGGAUGUGAAACCAGCAGCACUGACACAGAAAAUGGACUAUUGUUCUGCCUGCUGUCCCACCAGGACACAUCACAGCUACCUUUUAACGGGGAUUCCUGGGACAGCCUUUUCAUCACUUUCUGCCUUGACAAUACUGCAAAGUAAAUAAUAAGAAACAAUAAGUAAAUAAUAUUGCUGGUGUUGCCUAAAAGACUGUGGAGAAAAAGACUCCAGGCCAGCUUAGUGCAUAAGAUAAAAUAAAGAGAGCAGGUCCUUUAAUCUCAGGCCUGGGGCCCAGGGAAUGCACACCUGGCACACCCCCUCAGGCAGUGGUUCUGUGGUUUUAUAACAAGGUCCAUCCAAUCCCAGUCCUGUCCACCCCCAGUUCUACCCCCGACACCCCCCUUUGGGAAUCAGAUCUGGGGGGCGUUUGGGACCUCUUUUUCCUCAUCUUCAUCUUCUUCAAAGCACUUGCAGUCCUUGGAGUUCCUCCAGAGUCCUGAGCUUGAAGGUUGCUGUGUCUGAUUUCUCCUGCUCCAGGCCUUAGGAUGUUUGUCUGCAACUCUGCCUUGAAAAGAGGACUAAACGUGCUAAGGGAAUUUUAGAGGGAUUGAUGUGAAAUGGGAUGAGAGGGUGGGUUAUGUGUAAACAUGAUGAUGCUGCAGGGGAAGGGCUGUAAUACAGUUCCAUUAAAAUCUACAUUCACUACACCUCUCCCCAACACCCUGGCCCCCUUGGCUGACACUGUGCAGCUGUUUGGAGAAGCCACAGCCCUUUGCUGGUUCCUCAGGCUCUGGGACAGUGCCCCCAGAGCAACGUUCAGCUGCUGAUAUGUGAACAGUUCAAAAGGCUUCAUUAGGUCUGGUGGUGCCAAUGCUCUUUAAGGACUUCAAUUCUUUUUAAUAAUAAAGGCUAUUUUCCGC